CUGCCGUCUGCGACGGUUCUUCUCCUUACUAGCCCCAGGAUCCUCUUUGCGAUACUAGCGGCCGAAGAUGUCCAGCAAUCCGGCACCGGCGGAGAACAAUCUGGAGCAGAUGACGACACUGGACUACCAAGCUGCUCGCAAGACAGACAACCCGCCUCACAGAGCAGCCACCUCCCCGGAUGUAUUCCGGGAGAAGGAGAUUCUCCAGGCGGUUUCCGCGAACCGAUCCAGGACGCUACCAGCCGAGCUGCCCUCCCUAGCUGCUUACCUACCAAGCGAUACCCCGUUGCCUACUCCGGGAGAAUCUCUACUCAAAGCACAGCACUCAGAUUACGAGGGUCCGCCGCAGGUGGAAGCUACUGCCCGGAGAUCCGUGUUCAUGCACCUGGAGCUGUCGAAGGCACGCAGUUGGCUGGGCGACGCCGGCCAGAAGACUCUUGGGUUCAUCGAGAGCCACUGGAUCAUUUGUUCAACCUUAUUUAUCCUGUCCAUCGUGGCGACUAGCUUCGCGGUCGGUUUCGCACUGAGGCUCGGUAGCUUUGACGCCGCGCAAGUCCUCGAUGAGAACAUAGCUGAAGCGAGCACCUCAGUCAUAUUACAAGCAAACCUGAUUUCUAUCGACUCAGACUCCCAGUCGAUGACUUUGGACUGGUUCAUUGGAUAUAAUUGUAAUCCGCAAAACUGCCCGGACGUCAACAUCUACUUCGACCAGAACUUAUUGCGUGCUCAGAGCCUAAGUUCUGUCGCGAACAACGCGAAGCCCCCGCCUAUUUUUUUCCUCAAUGGCACCGACUACAUUACCUGGAACAACUCCGACUUUCGGACCAGCUCCCCCGAGUUCAGGACCCAGGUAGCCAUUACCAAUUUCUACGGCGGACGUUCCGCGCAGUCAUAUCCAUUCGACAAAUAUUCGGCGACGCUAGUAUUUUUCGCAGAGGCACUGGAUAACAGCACUGUGGCCAUAGGCAUUGACCUUACCGAGGGUAUCGCCGUUGGUUUCAACGCUGCGCUUGAGACCUCGAUUUCUGGUCUAGCAUCCAACGGCGUGCUCAUCAAGAAUCUGGAAGUGACGCGAGGGCAAGUGAUACGCAUGUAUGCGGUGCUCAUCGUUGUAGCCAUCUGGAUGGUCACCCUUGCAUUUAUCAUGACGUGCAUCGUCGUCAUUUUCUUUGGAAAGGGUAUCAAGCCAGACAUCCUCGUCGUGCCGGUCGCCACUCUGUUCGCUUUCACGUCCUUGCGCGGCACAAUGCCCGGAGCACCAUCUGGAUUUGGCGCAGACAUAGACUUUGUCGGCAUCCUCCCUUGCUUGGCACUCCUGACGUUCUCCUCGGUUCUAUUGUCCGCCAUCUUCCUCUUCAGACGCGACCCCGAGAAGAACAGGCCUCGAUGGGAAAACAUCAUGCGGAAGAUGCAUGGAGGGAAGCCAAUGGCAACCACCCCCUCCGUUCAUCGACAAGAAUCCAUGGCCUUCAAGCUUCCCUCUUCCUCUGUGUAAUACAACACCUCCCUCCUUCAAGCCUCGACUCCUCGCGGUGCUACGCGAACGACGAUCCCACUGGGCGGCGUCCCACGGUGGUAUAUAGUGAUUGCUGUUGCAUUCCUUGACGGAUCGUGUGGGAUUGGCCACGCAUACAUGAUGGUUCUAUUGCGGAUAUUUUGGGACUUACUGUACUUUUCAGUCGCUAUGACGCAGUGUAUACGACUAUAACAUGUGAAGUCGG